UUAAACAGCCAGAAUCUGAUACAGAAUAUUAUACGGAUUCUAAAUGUGUUUCGUAGGAAGCUUUAUCAAAGAUAAGCCAAGAAAUUACGCGUAGAAGCCGGUGGAGUUUGUGAAUGAGUCAGUGCUCGACAUCAGAUUCUGUUUCAUCAUGGAUGACACACAAACAUCCACAGAUGAAGAUUUGUCUCCAGGAUGCAGUUCAGUUGACCAGGAGAGAUCAGAAGCAGAGUCCAGCUGUGUGUCUCUGAGGAGUGAUGCGUCUAUGGAUCAUCCAAAGAAUUUUAAGAGGGGAUAUACACAGAAUGAUCUCUGUUCCGUUCAUCAGAAGAGAUCAAAGUCCAGCUGUGUGUCUAUGAGGAGUGAGACAUCUAUGGAUCAAACAUUAGAAUAUAAGAGUGAAGAUACAAAGACUGAUCCCAGCUAUGAAGUCCUGAACAAGUUUAGAUCAAAUUUGAAGCAGAAGUUUGAGCAUCUGUAUGAGGGAACAGGGAUGCAGGGAAACCCAACACUCCUGAAUGAGAUCUACACAGAGCUCUACAUCACAGAGAGUGAGAGUGGAGAGAUCAGUAAUGAGCAUGAGGUGAGACAGAUCGAGACACAAUCCAGGAGAGCAGCAACAGAGGACACAGCCAUCAAAUGCAAUGACAUCUUUAGACCUUUACCUGGACAAGACAAAGCCAUCAGAACUGUGCUGACAAAGGGAGUCGCUGGCAUUGGAAAAACAGUCUCUGUGCAGAAGUUCAUCCUUGACUGGGCUGAAGGGAAAGAGAAUCAGGACGUCCAGCUCAUAUUUCCACUUCCUUUCAGAGAAAUCAAUAUGAUGAAGAACAAAUCACUCAGUCUUUCAGAUCUUCUUCAUGUCUUCUUCCCUGAAACUAAAGAAAUGGAAAUAUCCAGUGAUGAAUAUAAAGUAUUGUUCAUCUUUGAUGGUCUGGAUGAGUGUCGUCUGUCUCUGGACUUUAAGAGCAAAGUGAAACUGUGUAAUAUAUCUGAAUCAGCCUCAGUGGACGAGCUGCUGAUGAACCUCAUUGUGGGGAAUCUGCUUCCCUCUGCUCUCAUCUGGAUCACCUCCAGACCAGCAGCAGCUGAUCUCGUCCCCUCUAGGUGUAUACAUCGAGUUACAGAGGUACGAGGCUUCAAUGAGCCACAGAAGGAGGAAUACUUCAGGAAGAGACUCAGUGAUCAGAGUUUGGCCGACAGGAUCAUCUCACACCUGAAGUCAUCAAGGAGCCUUUACAUCAUGUGCCACAUCCCAGUGUUCUGCUGGAUCUCAGCCGCUGUUCUGGAGAAGAUGUUGAGUCGAGCAGAGAGUGGAGAGAUUCCCAAGACUCUCACUCAGAUGUACACACACUUCCUGAUCCUUCAGACCAACAUCAAACAUGAGAAGGACUAUGAGAAGAAGGUGACAGAUGAAGACAUGAUCCUCAAACUGGGGAAAGUGGCUUUUGAGCAGCUUGUGAAAGGAAACCUGAUCUUCUACGAGGAAGACCUGAGAGAGUGUGGCAUUGAUGUGACAGAAGCAUCAGUGUACUCAGGAUUGUGCACUCAGAUCUUCAGAGAGGAGUUGGGCUUGUAUCAGGGAAAAGUCUUCAGCUUUGUUCAUCUGAGCAUUCAGGAACAUCUAGCAGCUCUAUAUGCGCACCUCUCCUGUACAAACAACAACAGAAAUGUGUUGAAGCCAAUCACCAAACAGUCUAAAGUAAAAGACUCAAUUCGACUUUCAUUAUCUGUGCUGCAUCAGAGAGCUGUGAAUGAGGCUCUGAAGAGUAAGAAUGGACAUCUGGAUCUUUUCCUGCGGUUCCUUCUGGGUUUGUCAGUGGAGUCUCAUCAGAUUCUCCUGCAAAAAAUAAUGAAGCUGAAAAGAAUCAGCUCUGACAGCUAUGAGAAAACAGUUGAGUACAUCAAGAUAAGGAUCAGGUUCAAUAACUCUCCAGAGAAAUCCAUCAAUCUGUUCCACUGUCUGAAUGAACUAGGUGAUCAUUCACUAGUGCAGGAAAUACAACAGUAUCUGAAAUCUGGAAGAAUAAAGGAGGCCAAACUCUCUUCAUCUCAGUGGUCAGCUGUAGUUUUUGUGUUGUUGACAUCAGAAGAAAAGCUGGACGUGUUUGAUAUUAAUGAAUUUCUAGGAGAAAACAAUAAAGCUGAAAAACUGAAUGUUCUUCAGUAUCUGCUGCCUGUGAUUAAAGUUCAUUUGAUUCAUUGUGGCAUCACAGAUAAAGAUUGUGCUGCUUUGACUCCAGUUCUGAGAUCAAACCCUUCACAGAUGAGAAAUCUGGAUCUGUCUAAUAAAGCAAUCAGAGAUUCAGGAGUGAAGCUUCUCUCUGUUGUACUGGAGGAUCCUCGAUGUAAACUGGAGACACUGAGUGAUUAACAAACAUGACUAAUGAAGAUC